AUGACACAUUCAAAGAUCCCGGUUCGGAGCGAACACGCUUGCACCCUCCUGGAUCACAAGGAUGGUACAGAUACGGAGCUGCCCGCAACAAGCCGCUGGGGAUUGGGAGGUGCGCUCUGCCUUCGUUUCGCCCAGGCUGGAUUCCAUGUCGCCCUCUUCGGGCGGCGAGUUCCCAUUAUGGAGGGGGUUGCCAAAGAGGUGCAAGCCGUUGGCGGCACUGCAACCUGCAUACAGUGCGACGUGGAGGACAGCGCAAGUGUGAAGCAGGCGUUUGACUCGGCGCAAACGCUGGGCACUGUUGAAGUUGUGAUUUACAACGUGGCGCCUCCUUUUCCGCCGGGAUGCGACUUCACCAAUCUUCCAAUGGCAGAGGCAGUGGAUCCGGAAUACUUCACACGAGCCUUCAACAUUGGGGUCAGUGGAUGUGUCAGAUGCAUCCGUGAAAUUGCUCCGGACAUGAUGGAGCGCGGGCGCGGGACUAUUCUUCUCAGUGGGGCUACCAUGGCUCUGCGGGGAGGACCAAAAUUUGCGUGCAUGGCACCCAUCAAGGCGGCCUUGCGGUCUUUGGGUCAGGCCAUGUAUCAGACCUACGCGCCUAAGGGCGUGCAUGUAGCACACGUCGUCAUCGAUGGCGUCAUUGAGUCUCCGAACACGAAGUCCUGGGGUGCAAAGGUGAUGCUCCAGGAUCCUGCGGACAUCGCUGACGCAUUCCUUGCACUACACGAGCAGAAGCCCUCUGUUUGGUCGUACGUGCCCUGGACACAGGAUUACGCACUGGGCAUACUGGAAGGCGGCGCAAGAGACACGACCAGCAAGCGCGGGAAGGAAGGCAGAAAUUGUGCCGAAGCAUCCGCCUUGCAACGAUGUCCUCUCUUACGGUGGUCGUCCGAGACGCAGUCCGCUAGCCAUGCCGGUGCCUUCGGCAUCCUUCGGGCUGAAGGCGGCUCCCGGGAUUCGGCCGAAAGCGGCGCAGGAGCCAGUUGUACCACCACCAUCACAGGUGGAGGUGCUCAGAUUCGUGCGACGCGCAUUCUGAGGUUGCGGAACCUCUCGUCCAUGGAUCGGUUCCGUCUGACAGCUAGCCUCCUGGUCGUGCAGCAGAUGGCUUGUCCGUCAGCUCCCAAGCUGAAAAGGACACCUAGACCCUCGUGA